CGGCCGCCCGCUAUAACAGCGCUAUGCCCGCCGCGGGCGGCGGCUCACACGGCGCCGGCGAAGCCUCGGCGAUGCCGCCGCUCCUCCUCCUCCUCGUUCUCCCCCGCCGCCGCCUCCUCCUCCCCCGCCAGCCGCCGCCGUGCCGGCUGUGAGCCUCGGGGCCGCGCAUGCCGCGGGGCUCCCGAGAGGGCCCCCAUCGCCCGGGGAGCCCCGGCCCCAUGGAGUGCUACUACAUCGUCAUCAGCUCGGCGCACCUCAGCAACGGCCACUUUCGCAACAUCAAGGGAGUUUUCCGAGGCCCCCUCAGCAAGAACGGGGACAAAACUCUGGAUUAUGCUGAAAAGAAAAACACGAUAGCAAAAGCCCUGGAAGAUCUGAAAGCCAACUUCUACUGUGCUCUCUGUGACAAGCAGUACUAUAAACACCAGGAGUUUGACAAUCACAUUAACUCGUACGAUCACGCUCACAAGCAGAGACUCAAGGAAUUGAAGCAGAGGGAGUUUGCUCGAAAUGUAGCAUCGAAGUCGAGGAAGGAUGAAAGGAAACAGGAAAAGGCCCUUCAACGUUUGCACAAGUUAGCUGAGCUGAGGAAAGUGACAACGUGUGCUCCUGGAAGUGGACCUAUGUUCAAAUCCACAACAGUGACUGUGCGGGAUAAUUCCACUGAUAUCCCACAAAGCACUGCUAUAGAUUCUUCCAGCAAACAAGAUUUCAGCUGUACGCUGAUGCACAAUACACAGAAUUGCAAAGAUGCUACUUCAGAUAUUUCUUCCACUCCUGAAAAUGCAUGCAGUAAUACAUCCCGAACUAACAAAUUUGGAGGUCAAGUUCAAGGAGCUCGAGGACAUAGAGUUGGCUUCUCCUUUGCUUUUCCUAAGAAAGCAGUAGUCAAACUGGAGUCUUCAGCUGCUGUUUUCUACGAAUAUAAUGACGAAACAUCUAUGGAGAAUGGACUUAGCAGAAGAAGCAGAUUUUUCCCAGGAGCUUGUAAUCUUCAGUCUCCGUCAGCAACUGAAAUAGUCCUGUGUCCCGAGGAGAAACAGGACUGUUUGCACCCACUGGUGGAAAGAUGCACUGACACAGCAGAAGAUCCUGAAAAUCAGGAAUCAAAAGAGCUAGCCAGUCAAGAAAACAGAGAGCUAGAGAACCCUGCAUUAAUUCCUACUGUUUCCAAUUCAAAGCAGCUAGUGUCUUCUGACAUGGAGGACUGCAGUACUGAUGCCUGUGCUGUGGAUGUACCGGGUCAAACGCUGUCUGUGGCUGUGGACAGUGCUCGAGUUCUGCCCCCGGACUGCAGCAAUUGUGAGCUGCUGGGAAACGGAGCUGUUGCUCAGGCUGCUGUGGAGGAUUGCUCAUCUCUGCAGGACACUGCUGAGGAAAAUGGUAAAGAUGGGAACAGUGACUUAGUUACAGGUGAAACUGAAAUAAAACUGGGGACAGAGACGUUAGUUCCAUCGCAUUCUGAAGAUGGCUCGAGAGUCCCCCGGAGCAAACUGGACACACGCAAGAGAUCUUGUGAACCGUUCGUUCCUGUUCUUAGCAAGCAUGGAUCAAACAUUCUUCAGUGGCCAUCAGAAAUGCUAAUUUACACAAGUACAGACCCAUCCAUUUCUUACAGCUGCAACCCUUUGUAUUUUGAUUUCAGGUCAUCAAAAGCAAGUGAUAGUCAAGAAAAACCCAAGCAUCAGGCAAACGUACCUAAUUUGCACCACACAACUGAAUCCAACCAUAGCUUAGUCUCAGAUUUUACAAACAAGCCUACUUCAGAAUGUGGUGAUCCUGAAGCAGAAAUAAAUAGAAGUGCAUCUGACUAUACAAUACCCCUCGUAAGUGAUGCUUCCCUCAUCAGAAAUUCUGAUCUUGCAAAAAAUGAAAAUAAAGUGGCCUUGGGUGAGUCAUUCAGGAUUAAAAAGCUAGAAAAGUGUCACAUUUCAAAAAAUCACUUACGACAAAAUGCUGUGAUAGGUGAGAAAUAUAACAAAGUUUGGAUCAAAGAAAGUCAUGAAAAAUGGCUUCACAAAAGUAGGAAACGGAAAAGGAGAAGAAAAUUGUGUCAUUGUCAUCACCAUCAUUAUCAUCCUUGUGGGGAAGCAACAAUUGCAGAAAUGGAAAUUUCCUCAGUUAUAGAAAAGCAAAUGAAUUACAGAGAUGAAAAUAAACAUCAGCACUUCCAAAACACCCCAGAGAAGUGUAGAUACGAUGCAGGGAAUAUCUGGAUAGCUUCGGAUGAGGUACAACAGUCUCAUCAAAAAGCUGAUACUGAAAAUGGUCAUAAAAGAGUCCUGGCCACAUCAGAUCACCUCCAUGUGGGCAGAGGCGUAUGUGACAUCUGGCAUACAAAAAGUAGGGACCAACGCAGUGCUUGUAAACCUCUGCAUAGAAAGAGAAAAGCAAGCUCUCGGAGACAGUUGAGGCAGCUGGCUCGAACUUGUAGGAGGCACAACUGCCUGUGCUCCAAAACCUGUUGUAGCUGGAAAGUCAGGAGGUUGAGCUGCAGCUCAGAGCAUAAAUGUUUAGGGCGCUGCAGUGAAGAAAAGAGUCCAGGCCACCAUCAGUCCAUAAAGAGAGGUUACAGCUGCCUGAUGGAUGAACCGGAAGGCUCCCACAGGAAGCGGAGACAGCACACCUAUUCCUGUUCUUCAGAUGAAAGUUUGUACAGAGAGGCGUGCUUGGCAGAGGAGUAUUUCAGGCAAGCGAGUGUUGUAGGUAUGCAUCACAAGGCAAAAGGAAAACACAGGAGGAGGAAAACUAGAAUCAGUCACGUAUGCAUUGACAGGAAUGAGAGAAGUGAGGCCUCCAGGCCUUGUAAAGAAAACUCUGCAAGUUCCACAUUAGACGUUCUGGGAGAACUCUUGACUCAAGACGACACAGGGGAUACUAUCAUGAAUUCCAAAGCUGAUCUUGCAGAAGAUGCAGAUGAAGCCAUGCAGCUGGAGGAAAACAAGGCAUCUGUGCCAAUGGGUGAUGCACAUGUUCUGGAACAAGACAAGCCAACAGACUGUGCAGCACCAGAGAGCGUGCUGGGCGUGCUUUCGGACAUUGCCACACAUUGUGCUGCUUCUGUUCCUGAGCAGGGUGCUCCUGCAACUGCAAGCACACAAGAUGCUCUGAAGGAUGAAAAGAAAAAUGAAAAUGCGAACAGCCAUGAAAGUCAAGCUCGUUAUAAAGCUCCACCGCCCACCAGACAUUUGGACCAGGCUCCCCCAAAAUCAGUCCUUUGCCAUUACGAGUUGGCUGAUUCUCUGCCACAUGAGAAGAUAAAUGAGGUGACCGGUGACUGGGUACAGUGCAACUCAGGCAUAUUUAACAGCCCACCACCCUUGCCAUUCAAAGAAGCACACCUCAACAGCCACACCUUCUUAGCUACAGAGCAGCUGAUAGCCCCCUUUACCCUUCCCGACCAGACGCUGAUAUUCCCUCCAGAUAACCACGAAAAAUUCAAAGACCUCCCAUCCGAGGCAUACCAGCAGCUCGUGCAACAGAACAUGCUGGCCAGCAAGGUGAAGUUUACCCUUCCUCCCCCGGCCAUGCAGCCCCCCAGCUCUCCGUUGCAGCCUCUGCCUUUGCAGCCACCGCUGUGCUCUACCUCGGUCACCACCAUCCACCACACCGUCCUGCAGCAGCACGCCGCCGCCAGCGCGCUCAAGGCCCUCCGGCCCCACCAGCACUUCCUCUCGCAGGUCCCGGCCCUUGCCAGAGCUCCUUUACCUCAUCUGCCCGUAGGGCCCAGGCUUUGCCCCGGGGGCCCCGCAGCCUUCGUGGCCCCGCCGCACCUGCCGCUGGUGCCGCCUUCGGUGCUGCAGCCGGCCCCGCUGGCCUUCUCGCCGCUGCCGCACGCCGUGUUCCCCUCCCUGCUGUCCCCGCACCCGGCCGUCCUGCCGCUGCAGCCCCUCUUCUAGGAUGGGUUCCUGGGGGGCAGGGAGCCUCCAGAUGGAUGGACGUGGGGUUCCCGGCACCCCUCGGCUUCGCGAGCGGUCCUGUGAAACAAACUGGUUGAAAUCCCUCUUUCCUUGGGAAGUAUUUACUGUAAGUAUAGUGAUGCAAACAUCCAUGAAAAGCUCCUGUCCCGUGUAAAGACCUAUCCUAUAAGUAAAGCACUGAAUAGUCUGAUACCGAUAUGAACUAUAUAUAUCAGUAAAGCUCAUGUCGUAGAAUAUGUAUAAUGUAUGUAAAAUAUAUUUAUAGAUCUAUAACUUCUGUUGUAAAGUAUUCACUUUUUGUUUUUUUAUCCUUGUGUAUUUGCACCUAUUUAAUGUUUAGACAAAGCUGAUGCACUAUGUUUUGUACUAUGUUCUCUGAAACUGUAAAUCUAGUGACAAACUAUCUCUUGCAAUAAAUUUUUGUUAACUACUUAAGUAUAUAAAAAAUCUUUCAUUAUAAGCCUCACGGAUGUUGUCGCUCUAUGUUCUUCUGCAUCCUCUACCCCUGCUGUGCUGGGAUAAUCGGGUUUCCUAUCUUUCAGUGAUUUAUCACGGAUGCUCAGAGGCUAAUACCUUCAGGGCAGCUGUCUCACUGAGCAAGAGAGAAAGGGUAACAGAUCCGUUUGUGUUAGCAGUUUGAUGUCACUGUGACAAAUUUUGCCUUCUUGUCGUCUUCUUGCACAGACUGCUGACUGUUGGAGCUAAUCCCUUUUCUACUAAACCACAAAAAGACCGCGUAACGAAAAUAACAUCAGUGGUAGAAGAAAAAAGAAUGGAUCAGCAAGUGGUUUGACUUGCAAGGGAAUGUUUCUUAUGAUGAAAACAUGCAGCACAGAGAGCCUUAUUUCCAUCAAACCUUCAGCUGAUCUCCAUUUCUCAUGCCUACUUUUUGCACACGUGCAGGAAGGUCAGGAGAAACUUCUCAUUGGGAAUUUUGAAUCUCACCAGGGGGAUGGUUCAGGUUCUUACCUCGUUUCACUCCAUUACCUUCAGCGUUGGGGUAUUAAAAAUAUAUGAGUGACAUAGAAUAGAAAUAAUGAUAACAUGUUGCCGUUAUUUCUGACUGUAUUUCAGAGAAUUCUCCCUACCUCUGAAGCCUUUUUAUUGCUGAUGAAACUCGACUUCAGCCAGAGAAAUCUUCUCAUUCGUGUUACUGUGAGGUAUUUCAGGCCCACACUUGUGAGCAAAAGUGAUUGCGGGGCAGAGCCAGCUCUGUGAGUUAAAAUGAAAUCUAGCCACGUGAGUGAAGCUUAGAAUUUGCAGCAUGACCUUUAGUGCUAGAAGUAGACCCUCCAAAGUAAAAGGUAGGGGCUAGCUCUCAAAUUAAUCACUUCUUUUCACCUUUUAUAUAUUAUAAUGGAAUUAUAUACAGUUGAAUUGAAAUAGUAGUUUUGCAAGAUUAUGAAUAUGCAUCACAUAUUAUCCAUUCAAAAAGUAAUAAUAUAGCGUAAAAGAUACGUAUCUGGUUAUUAUUUUCUGCAUCUAUAGCAUUAGUACUUACCUAUAUCAAUAUUGAAAGUUUUAGUAUAAUAAUGCAUUAAAACUAUAGCAAACAACAUCUUGUCAACUCUGAUUACAGUGUGGGAUACUCAAAUUUUCCUUGUCACGCCAUUAGAAAGGGCUGAACUACAUGAACAAACAAAAAGUUGACAAGAGCAGAUGAAUGGCCUGGUCACGGAUUGCUUCUCAGAACCCCUGCCUGAUGCUGCCACAGAGCAGGAUCUUAGUGGGCAUCCGUGUAUAUAAUGCCAUUAAGAGGGUAAAUUUUCUCUAGCUUGUAAUUUCAAGUGAAUGCCUAUUUCUAGUUAUCUGGUACCUAGAAAUUACAUAAGUGACUUUAUCCUUCUGCUUUAUUUCAAGAGUAAGCCUGCCCAAUCUGUAUGUCUCACUACCUUCUGCAGCAAGCAGGCUGCAUGCAAGCCGCGCUGCUCAAGCCCCGAAACUUGUAUCUGAAGCUUGAAGGUGCCUGCUUGCUGCUCAGGCCCCUGCCUUAUAGCUGACCCACACUGGCUUUUGUAUUCAUGCAUAUUCUGCAGGAGUCAGCAUGGGUAUUCCCCUGGAUCCUGAUGUCCUGUCAAAGACAACAAUCUGAUAACACCCACUGGAUAAAGAGAAACAAUGCAGGACGGUUGUGAUUAUACGUGAUCCCUAUCCCUACAUUUUUAUCUGGCAGAAGAUAAAAGAUAGCAAAUUUCAGAAUUUCAGUUCAUUGAAAAAGUCCUAGCUACUAAUUUAGGAGUCAGUGAUUAAAAAAAGCAUUCAAACAGCUUUGUAUCUUACCUUUUCCCAGCAAUUUAAAUUAAAUUUAUUCUAUUUUAAGUUGUUAAAAAUUUUAUAACAUUGCACAAUUAUUUAUUUACUGUAACUGCUUUCGGUAGUGUAUAAACUUAGAAUAAAAGACUAAUAACCAUCAGAUGCAAUCAUUUGCUAACAUGGUACUGCCUUCAAUUCUAGAGCUGUUAGUAUAGGUGACAUCGUAUGUAAGAGCUAAACCAAUAGAAAAAUAAUUCUGAAGUUAAGUUUAGAAUUGAACACAGUAAUUGAAAGCAAGUAAUAAAAUAUCAUUUUGAGUUGGAAUUGUUAUUAAGUAUUAAACUUACAGUAACUUACAUAACAGUAGCUUCAUUUUGGCAUUUAUCUGGUAUUUUAAAUUAAAUGUAUGUUUUUUAGCAGUCUAAGUUGUAAGUAAACAUUAUUUCAAAUGAUAAAUAGUUGAAUUUUUGUCAUUCUAAAUAAGCUCCACCAAACUUGCUUAAUUAAUCUACUUUUGAAUUUUCAAGUUUACUCGGAACUUCUUUUUUUUUUUUUUAAUUUAUGUUCCUAUUCACUUUGCUAGUUCAUAGAGUUACUGGAUUGUCUUCCUCAUGUAAAUAGUGAAAGUGAUACUAUCCCCUUUAAUCCACCUGAAUCACAGGAAUUAGAUCUUCAGACUGCGGUGAUGACCCUAAAUUAGGUGAUAGAUUUUGUUAAGUGGCCCCACAGAGCAGCUCUGCAGAGAAAUGCUUGAAAGUUAAUGUGUUCCACUGAGAUGAGAAGUGUGUCUUUGUCCUUGGGAAGCUGCAGUCUGUCCAGGCAGUGACCUUCUUGGAGCCGUCCCAUUUCUCAGGUAACAUGAGCCAUAGAGUAAUGUCCUUAUAGGAUCUUUCAGGCAUUAAGUAUCAUCACCUCACAGUGUUAUCGGCAGUUCGAAGUUAUCAGUCACUUUUGUCAUGUCUGUAAGUACAUAGAAUGCCAGUACCUAGGAAGAGCAGAAGAAUCAAAUUGUUCAUUUGGUUUCAUUCACAAAGUAGGAAGUAUGCAAACUUUUGAAGAGGAAAAACCUUGAGAUUCUACAGGAGCGAGCAAUGUACGUAGAAACUGCUGAUGACAAAGAGUGAAAGAAGUACCUUUUACAGAAUAUUAUAGGAUAGGAAUGUUUGCUGCUAUCUUUUGCUGUUAUCAUUUGCUGCAAUCAAACAGCAGUCAAAUUAUUAUGAAGCAGUUUGUCACCUUUUCUUGCGGUGUCAACUUUUUACUGGUUCAUAAACUUUUUUACACUCAUUAAUUUAGAUGUGAUCUUCAGACUGUGCUUUAAAAGGCCACUGGAACAUCCAUUUCUCUCUAAUACAUACUAUAUGGGAUAAUAUGCUCCCCAAAUACAGUUUACAUUACAGCUGUAUUUUUUUCUGUUGAGUUCAUUUUUGAUAAUUGUAUGGUAGUUUUUUUUUGAAUACAUCUUUUACAUUAUAAUAUCAUUAAGUUAAUAUGCUGCAUUUAAAAUCCAGUUUGUAAAUGUAUUUGGUCAGAUUCUGAAUUGGUGCAAAUCAGUGUACAGCUCCUGAUUUCAGUUGCAUUUUAUUGGUUUGUGCCAGCUGAAAAUCACUAAUAUUUCAGCAUUAAAGAUUACAUUAACUCUCUCAGAAGAAGGCAAUACAUUGCGACCACACGAAUGUAUUUCUAAGACAGUUAUUUGUCUGUAAUUAAGGUGGCAAAUUUUAAUCUAUUGAGUAUUUCAACAUGGUGCUCUGUCUACAUAUUCUGGACCCCAUACAUUAGUUUUCUGAUUUAUGACUGUACAUUGCCUAGAGACAUGUAUGUACCCAGCAGUGUACAUAUGUAUGCAGUAUGCUUGCCUUCUGUAAAGUUAUCAAAUGUUAACUCUUUUUCUUCAAAGGACAUUUAUACUGUGUAGAGAUCAUCUGGUAUUUUUAAAUUAAGAUGAGUUAUUAAUGUGUAUGUGGUUUUGUAGAUCACUUUGUUCUCAUGUUUACAUUAGCUGUGACCUUGUAUAUUAUUUUAUUUAUAGCCUUCCUUUCUGUCCUCAUUUCAGGAACUCUAUGAAGUGUUCUCUUUUUCUGUUUGUCUCUGACUAAGAUUCUCAGUAGUUCUUGAAACGUGUACGUUUGUGAAUAAGAACCAGAUUUUCUUCUUAGUUCCUAUUUUUUACUAUUUUAUUUUUUGGAAAAAAAAAAAAAUAGCCUACCAAGUGUAGGAAUUAUUAGACUUCCUGGUUUUUGUUUCAAGGUUCUUUCUUAUUUCAUGCAUUUUAUAUAAAGCUGGAAGAAUCUCUACCAAGUCUGAAUUUUGACCUCUUGGUGAAACUCUGAAACCAACGAAUUCUAAGGAAGCUUUGCCAUUAAUAUAACUCAGGAUUUAUUUUGAUCUGGGACAUUAGGGCUCUUUAGUUAUUGAAAUGCCCUAAUCUUGCUUUCAAUUGAAUGAUAAUUUCAUGAGGUAUUUUGAAAAGCACAACUCAGUAAAGAAGGCUUAAUCCAUUCUAAGUCAUCCUUUUACCUCCUUUGCUGUAAGGAUAUUUUUGUAAUUAAUGGCCAUAAAGCUAUCUUUAAAGUUUAUUUUGUAUGUCAUCUGUGCUUGAAAACAUGUACAUGCACCUUCUAUUCUGAUACCAAAGAAGAAAAUGCAGUUAAUCAAAAACCUGGGUUUUCUACCUGUACAGGCAUGUUUAGAAGGUUUUAGUAAGCAGGCCUAUGUUCGUACCACAUUGAGAUCAAUUAAUGUAUCAGUGGUCUUUAUUUUUGCUGGGGUAGGAUCAAAAUGUGCAAAUCCCUGUAGAGAAAAAAAGCAUCAUUAAGUAAGCUUCAAAUGUGAAUCCACA